AUGGAGCAGCUUGCCAAUUUAUUGUGUCACGUGGUGUCGGUGUUCAAAGAGUCCAAGUCAGGUAAUCCUCCCUAAGAUCCUACCUUACCACACUACAUGGUCAUGACCGUCAUGCUGGAACCACUGCACUUUCAUUCACCUAUUGCCUUGUAAUCGGACUCCUACCCAGGUAGACAUCAGUGUGUGUGUGUAUAUGCCUGCAUGCCCAUGAUUUGUGCACGUGUGUUUUAUACCUCUCAUGUGUGGGCCAGACUUCCACCUGGAGCAGCAGUUGAGUGACGUAGCUCUGCAGACGGGUCUGUGUAGCUCGUCGCGCCACUAUGCCGGGAGGUCCUUCCAGGUGUUCCGGGUGCUGCGGCAGCCGCUCUCGGCCCACUCCAUCUCCGACCUGCUCUCACGACUGGUGGAGGUGGUGGGGGAGCACGGGGAGGAAGUACAGGUGUGUGUGGGUGGGCGGAGGGAAGGUGGGAGUGUGUGUGCAGGGUAGGGGGAGUGUGUGUGUGUGUGUGUGUUGUCUGCCUGUCUGUUCCUCUGUGUAUGUGUGUGUGCCUGUGUGCGUGUGUCUGUGUGAGAAUGGGAUGUGAUGUGGGCUUGGGAUGGGAUGUGGGCUUGGGAUGGGAUGUGGGCUUGGGAUGUGAUUUGGGCUUGGGAUGUGGGCUUGGGAUGUGGGCUUGGGAUGGGAUGUGGGCUUGGGAUGGGGUGUGAUGUGGGCUUGGGAUGGGAUGUGAUGUGGGCUUGGAUGGUUGUAUAGGUACCCAGUUUUAAUGUCCUCCUGCUCUUCCAGGGUUAUGUGAUGGAGAUGUUGCUCACCUUAGAGUCUGUGGUGGACAACCUGGCUGAAUGUCUCAAGAACAACAAUCUAAUGGCUAUCCUGACCAGGUUGGUUUACAGGUCUCUUUCACUGACAGCAUGACAAAAAAAAAAUACCUUGACAGAGACACUUAAAUGUAGCUAGAUGGGGAUAUAGUACAGUACAGUACAGAAAGUGCGUUGCAGAACGAACCGUUACCUCCAGGGUACCUCAUGUGGUCUGGGGACGGCAGCACUACUACUAGACCAGCUAAUGGACCUUUAUAUUAGCCUGGAACACUCACUGCAUAAGACUGGCAUUAUAUAAAAACUAAAUAGUCCGCCAAUGGAUCACCUUCAACCAAUCAGAAGGCCAAAUCUUUUGACGUUAUCCAAACGCAACAUAAGCUAAAUCCGCCCGUAGUUGCUGAGAGGACACUAGUUACUUUCAAGCCUGUCCAAGUGCCCCUCUAUUGGAGAAAGUUCUGACUGAAUUGGUGAAGUGAACCAGAAAGUGGUAGCUGCAGCAACAGAGUUCACACAUCUAUUAUCCCUUCAAACCUUACAACCCAGCACCCAAAGAUGUUUGUACGAACAAUUUAGAGUUGAGUACGCCAAUCUAUUAUUAGGUAUUUGUAUGCCAGGUUGUUAAGGGUUUGAACUCAUCGCUAGUCUCUUAUUGGCUCUCUAGGGCAUCCUCAGACUUACUGGCCAAUGGCAAGCUGGUGUCCAACAGGAAGAGCACGGGGCAGCUGAACCUGUUCCAGCAGGGCCUGGGGACAUCCGAGCGCAGCCGCCACCAGAGGAGCUACUCCGUCCCCAAGAAGUUUGGCGAGGCGGACCGCUCAUCCGACCCUCCUCGCAGCGGUACACUGGACCCCAUCCAGGCCUGCACCCAGCAGGGAGGGCUGACCAAGAACCGCAGGUAGGGGACAGCAAGUAGCCUAGUAGACUACAGCAGUUUUUCUCAAUCCUUUCCUUUGGCAUUUCCCAGUCGGUUUGAGGUCAUGUUCAUUAGGAUACACCUUGGCAAAACGUUUAAUGAAAAAUGUGCUAAGUCUUGGAGGUGCCACAAGGGGCAUCGAUUAGAUAGAAAGCCAACAAUAUGAUUUCCUCCAAAGAAAUAAACACAUUCCUCUCCUACGCAGUCCAUUCUCUUCCAAAGAACUCCUCAGUGACCCGGCCAACGUCAACCACCCGUCCAACCUGCUAGCCACCAUCUUCUGGGUGGCCGUGUCCCUGAUGGAGUCAGACUUUGAGUUUGAGUACCAGAUGUCCCUGCGGCUGCUCCACAAGCUGCUGGCCCACGUGGCCCUGGACAAGCAGGAGAACAGGGAGCGGCUGGAGAAGCUGCAGGGCCAGCUGAGGUGGAGCGGCUUCGCCGGGCUCCAGCAGCUGCUCCUCAAGGGCUUCACGUCCACCUCCACCACCGACCUCACCCUGCACAUCUUCUGCCAGCUCACGCCUGUCUCGCUGGUACCCGUGGUGGACACCUCCCAGAACAUAGGUAGGUUAUCUGUGGUCCUGUGUGACUCAAUUGGUUAAGCAAGGCUCUUGCAAUGCUAUGGUCAAGGAUUAAAUUCCAGCUUGGGGUAUGAUCUUUGACCCUCUGUAGCUUUCUCAUUCAUCGUUAUCUUUACCAAGGGUGUCAAUAAUUUCGGAUCCCACUGUAAAUUGUAUGUACUCACAGCAGGCCAUUUGUGACUUCUUAACUUAGCUCACACAAGCCAUCGGUACAUAAACUAAAUGCUCUACUCACUUCAGCUAUCUAUUGAUUUUUAUAUUAUGACCUUUAUUUAUACAGGUGAGUCAAUUAAGAACAUGCUUUUUUGUUAUUAACAAGACGACCUGUGAUGAGCUGAUGAUAACGUUAAUUCAGUUCCUCACAAUUCAUACUGGUUUCAAUACCAGCUAAAGUUGGGCAUACAUUUGCUUCCAAAUAAGAAAAUAUGUUUAUUGAUGUCAUGGAAAAAUAAAAGAGGAAGAAAGACAUUACAUUUACUAUUUUUCCUUGUCCAUUGUAGCGUCAGGUGUGUUCUUUGUCUGUCUCUCAUUUUUAUUUAUUUUAUGCCAUCACUGUAGCAGUUUGCGAUUGUCUUUCAAUGAAAAGUGUGUUAUAAAUGAAAGGUAUUGUUACUAUUGAUCAUUUCUGAGGAAAUUGGAAUCCCUAUUUCUCCUGUUGCCCAGGUUUCCCUCUGAACGUUCUCUGUCUGCUCCCACACCUGGUCCACAACUUCGACGGCCCCUCCCAGUUCUGUAAAGACGUGGCUCAGAGAAUAGCUCAGGUUAGUCUCCUCGUCAACUUUCCAGUCAAUGUUCCUUAUUUAAUAGAUAAACAAGGACUUAACACAUGCAAAUCGUGGUGAGUUAUGUACAUUUUCUCCAGAAAUUAAGUAAAUGUAAAGUAUAUACAGUAAAUGUCAUCUUGGUUGUUUGGAAAUCGAUUUCAUGUCAAUCUAAAUCAUUAUUAAUUAUGAUUCAUUGCCAAUAUGUACAGUAAAUAUUUUCUGCUUUUUGCUUGGAUGGCCAGGUAUGCCUAGAGGAGAAGAAACUGUCCAACUUGGCCCAUGUGAUGACCCUGUACAAAACACACUCGUACACGCGGGACUGCUUUUCCUGGGUCAAUGUCGUCUGUCGCUAUCUCCACGAGGCCUUCUCCGACAUCACCCUUAACAUGGUCACUUACAUGGCCGAGGUCUGUAUGGCUGUUCUAUGGAUAACCAUACUCCUCUUAAGUCUGAUUCACACUAUAGGGCCAAACCAAUCCAGUUCAAGACGAACUGUACAGGGCGGGUCUGGUUAGGCAUCCACCAUACUUGCUGGAACCUUGCGGGAAAGUACAAUGUGAGAAGAAAAUAUCCGAGCCAGCAUAGUGCUGUUCAGGUCAGCCCUAUAGUGUGAAUUAGCCAUAAGAGUUUCUGAUACAUAAAUUAAGUUUCUCCUCAAGUAAUAUGGAUCGAUGGAUUGAUCGAUCAAUGUAGGGCUUUCCAUCCAUUCCAGACUGUGUCGUUAACUGUGAGUGUGUUCUGAUUGGCCAGUUGUUGGAGAAGGGUCUACCCAGCAUGCAGCAGACCUUGCUCCAGAUCAUCUACAGCCUGCUGAGUCACAUGGACCUGUCAGUCAUUCAGGCCAAGCCAUUCAAUAUGGAGGUCCUCAAGACCAUCGAGAAGUUUGUCCAGGUGAGAGGAACAUGA